AUGAGUCUUUUAGCCUCCUCGCUCUACUCAUCGCCCUGUUGUCAAUGCCCAGAGCCAACCCUAGAUGCUAUUCCAACAGGGCGACCCAGUGUGUUCACCAAGGAGUCGGCUCGCAAGUUCGAUCAGAGCCUCGAUGGCUCCGAGUGGCUGAUGGGUGUCACUGCGCUGCGGCAGAAAAUGGCCACCGAGGCUUCAGGUCAUGUGCUUGAGGUCGCUAUAGGCACAGGUCGGAACAUGCCCUUUUACGACUGGAGCAACAUCCUUCAAUCUCAAUCAACGUUUCCGCCGUCAAUGGGAGCCGAAGCUACAGUGGCUAACAGUGAGGGUAAACGUCUUGAUUCCUCGUCGGCGCCGAUUCUGUCCUAUACCGGAGUGGACAUAUCCAGCGAGAUGCUAGGCGUCGCUAUAGAGAAGCUUGUAGAAACUAUUCCUCAAUUGGUAGGUGUUACACCGAGAGUUAUGAAGCAGGCUUUGCCUCCACAUAGCGACUGGGGCGUCUUCUCCUAUUUGUCGGACAGGUUGAGAAUAUUUCGGUCCGACAUACACGAUUUUGUUCCCCCGCCCCCAGGACAAAUGUCGACUUUAGCAAAGUAUGACUUUGUUUGUUCAACGUUUUCGCUGUGUAGUGUCCGUGAUCCCGAACAAAUGGUUCGGGAUCUGGCCAAUAUGGUGAAGCCCGGUACUGGUAGGAUCAUCCUCGUCGAGCAUGGGAGAGGAUGGUCGGGUUUUGUCAAUGGGUUGCUGGACAGGUCAGCCGCGUCCCAUUUCAAGAAAUAUGGGUGCUGGUGGAAUCGAGACAUUGCCAAAAUCGUCGAGAGCGCCUCCAAGUCGCUACCCGGGCUUGAAGUCGUCAAAGUCGAGCGUCCGUACUUUACCCAGCUCGGAACAACCCUGUGGGUUGAGUUGAGAGUGUCUCCCACCUCCUAA